AUGAUGUAUAAUAUAGAAUCAAUAGAUUAUAAGAAUAAGAAGAUUAUAGGAAGAAGUACACAAAGUGAAGUGUUUCUAGUACAAGAUGCCAACUUUAACAAUAUAGCAAUGAAACAUUACAUCAAGGGAUCUUUGAUGGGAUUCAACGGUGACAAUGCAAAAUGGAGAAAGAUAUACAACAAUGAAGAAUCAAAGGAACCACACCCCAACUUGGUCAAAUUCAUUGCAUUCAAACAAGUGUCACUCAACAAGGACCAAGAAGAAGAACAAAUCAUCUUGAUGGACUAUAUCGAGAAAGGGUCUCUCCUCGAAUACCUAACAACACACAAAAAAAGUGCAUUAACUUGGAAGAAUAUAUUUAAUAUUAUUCGAGGCACUAUUGAAGCGAUGCUCUUUCUACAUCAAAAAGGUGUCAAUUAUUGUGGUGUCAAGUUGGCAAAUAUUCUCAUUGACAAUGACUAUAACUCUAAAUUAUCUAUAUUUAAUAGUUGUUUAAAUAAAAGAGAAGGUAGUAGUACUGGUGGUGCAAGUGUCUCCAUGGAACGUGAUAAAUCAGCAGUUUCUCUAGUUGAUGAGAAACAAUUAGAUUCUUAUAGUCUUGGAAUUAUAUUAUUGGCAAUUGCAAAUAUUAAUCUAAUUAGAAAAGAGAUUGCAUCUCCAGAUACCUUGGCCAGUCUCGGUAUCCCAGAUACCUAUAAACAAUUAAUUAAUACUUGUUUAUUUGGAAAUAAAAGUUUAGAAGAUAUUAAAAAUAGUUUUGAAAAUGUAGAUAUCAAUGCACAAAAAGAAUUUGGAAAAUAUGUUGAAAUGAAUAUUGAUAAGAUUCGACAAGAGUAUUACAAGACAACUGGAGUUGGAAACAAAAUAGUUAUACCUACAUCCAACUUGGAACCACUGUAUGGUGAGUUUUAUCAUCGAAAAGAACAAAAACAACUUUUAGAGUUGUUCGAGACCAACAAUACAGUAUUUCUGACUGGUAUCUUGGGAGUUGGUAAAUCGACAACUGCCAAUCUAUUUGGAAAGCAAUUGUUUAAUAGGCAAAUCGAUUCGUUCAUUCCAUAUGUCAUUCAACUUGGAAAAGACCGAAUUAGUCUUAGAGACCAACUCAAACAAUUGGCUGUUGGUAUGUCUGGAUCAAAAAAAAAUGCGGACCUUCUCCCCCUCCCACUAUCCACUGAUCAAGAUAUUGUAAAUACUAUAUUCAACCAGAUCGAUCUUUCUGGUUCCCAACUAUUCCUCAUUAUUGAGAAUUUUAUUUAUUGUCAAGAUGAUGAACCCUUGUACGAGAUAUUAUUCUCUGAGCAACAACAAUUAAAAACAACUAAAAUAUUGGUGGAAUUGGAAAAGGAUGAAUUGGAAAAAUGUGGACGUGUCAAGACAGUACAAAAUGAAAAGAUUAUAGAGAUUGGUGGAAAAACCAAACAAACUAUAAAGAUUAAGAAAUACAAGAGAUGA